AUGUCCAUGUCUUCCGACCUUGACGUGCCCAGGCACAUGAGAAGCCCCGGCGACGACGGCUACCGAACUCCAACAAUUGAAGAUGCGGAGCGGACCCUCUCUAUCCUUGGCGUGAUGGACGAUUCCAAUUCUCCAAGUCAAGCGCAUGCAGUGCACUCCACGGCGUUGGAGAGUGUUCUCCAGAGAUUGCCGUCGCGGGCGACGGACAGAGUCGUCAUCCACAAAGAAAAGGAGAAGACGAAACCUAAUUGUCGAGAUCGAGACCAUGACUACAAUCUUCAUCGGACUACCACAGACGCCUCCGCAUCCACGUUAAGUUGGAAGAAGCGUAUUCGCCAUGUUACGUGGGCGUAUUUCACUAGCACUAUGGCCACGGGUGGUCUAGCUAAUGUACUAUAUCAGGUUCCCUACCGUUUUCGCGGCCUUGAUACGAUUGGCAUUGUUAUCUUUUUGUUUAAUAUCGCUUUAUACCUUUUCAUUUGGGGACUGUUGAUUGCGAGAUUCUAUCACUACCCAUAUACAUUCAAAGCCUCCUUCCUCCAUCCAACCGAGUCAUUAUUCGUGCCCGCGUCGGUCGUCUCCUUUGGAACAAUAUUGAUCAAUAUAUCUCAAUAUGGCCCCGAGAAUGCAGGCCCGUGGUUACUCGAGGCUGUCAACGUAUUAUUUUGGUUCGAUGCCGCUCUCGCUGUGAUAUCAUCGGCUGGUAUAUACCUUCUUCUAUGGUCAACUCAAACCUUCACAAUCGCCCAAAUGACCCCGAUCUGGAUAUUUCCCGCCUACCCAAUGCUCAUCAUCGGACCUCAUGCCGGCUGUUUAAGCGCUAAAUUGGACCAAGCGCGCUCGCUGCGUGUUAUUGUCGGAGGCACCACGAUCCAGGGAGUCGGAUUCUUGGUCUCGAUGAUGGUAUAUUCAGCCUUCAUCUACCGACUCAUGACGCAAAAGCUUCCGAAAGAGAAAAAUCGACCUGGUAUGUUCGUUUCUGUCGGACCGAGUGGGUUUACGGUCGCGGGGAUCGUCACUAUGGCCGCUGAGGCGAAACGCUCGUUUCCCGCUGAUUUUAUGGGGAAUGGGCCUCUCGCUGCUGAUAUUUUGCGCGUUGUGGUUGAUUUUGCUUCUUUGUGGUUGUGGGGGCUGGCCAUUUUCUUCUUUAUCAUUGCCAGUGCUGCUCAUUGGUCUGCUAUUGGGCCGGGGAGGAUAUUAUUCUCGAUGACUUGGUUCUCAUUUGUGUUUCCCAACACUGCCCUGAUCACGGCUACAUUUGCCAUUGGCAAGGCAUUUGACUGUAAGGCUAUUAACAUCAUUGGAUGUGCGGCGACAUUCCCGCUAAUACUGAUGUACUUCUUUGUGUGUUACAUGAUGAUUCGGGCCAUCAUUUGCCACCAGAUUCUGUGGCCGCAGAAAGGCGAGGAUCGAGAUGAGGGUGGAUUUGAAAUCCACAUCAUUAAGCCGGGCGCUGAGACCUCAGAGGAUGAAGUGAUAGCGUAG